AUGAAAUCCCCCCACAGAAAAGUACAAAGGAAAAUAAAAAGAGAAACAGGGGAAGAAAAAGUAUUUAGGAGAAGUUUUAAGGAAGAAAGCAAAAAAUAUUUAUUCCCUAUCUCCUCAUCCACCUUCUUCAUCUUCCUCCUCUCUUAUCUUCUUCGUCUAUAUAUCCAGGAAAUGGACUGUGUGGAGGGGGCUUUGAGAAACAGUUUUGUGCCGGAGACACCAUUGAAAAUGACCCAAAACCAGACCUUUGGGGAUGACUUGUCUGCCGCCGGCGCCGGUCAAAAUGGAGUCUCCGGCGAUGAUUUCUUUGUUGACGACCUGCUUGACUUCUCCAAUGGCUUUGUUGAAGGUGAAGGUGAAGAAGAAGAAGGAAAAAACCAGGGGGGAGAAGAUAUCUCUGUUCAAAAACCAUGCUCUGUUUCAAUUUCUGUUUCUCCUCUGAAAAAAACAGAAAUUGUUGAAAAGGACAAAGUCACCAUUUCUGUUAAAGAAGAUUUUGCUUCUCUUCCUGUAAGUGAAAUCAGUGUUCCGACUGAUGACUUGGAUAGCCUUGAAUGGCUGUCUCAUUUUGUUGAAGACUCGUUUUCUGGGUAUUCACUUGCUUAUCCUGCCGGAAAAUUGGCGGUCGAGAAAAAAACAGGCGACGGAGAAAUUCCGGUUGAAGAGAAGAAGCCCUGUUUUGCAACUCCGGUUCAAACCAAGGCAAGAACUAAGCGAGGAAGGACUAGCGUCCGAGUUUGGCCUGCCUGUUCAGGUUCAUUGACCGACUCAUCUUCUUCUUCAACUUCCUCAUCUUCCACCACUACCAUGUCGUCAUCUCCUACUGCUUCUUGGUUCCUUUACCCAACUCCGGUUCACUCUGCCGAGUCACCAGGUAAACCGCUGGCUAAGAAGCUGAAGAAGAAACCGGCGCCACAUGGUGGAAAUGGGCCUCAGCAACCACGGCGGUGCAGCCAUUGUGGGGUUCAGAAAACCCCACAGUGGCGAGCCGGUCCAAUGGGUGCAAAAACUCUUUGCAAUGCUUGUGGUGUUCGGUUCAAAUCUGGUCGGCUGCUACCGGAGUACCGUCCGGCAUGCAGCCCAACGUUUUCCACCGAGUUGCACUCAAACAAUCACCGGAAAGUUCUGGAGAUGCGGCGGAAGAAGGAAUCAGAAGAAACCGGUUUAGCUCAGCCGGUUCAGAGUUUUUGAAGAUAUUUUAUUUGCUUUUUAGGGAAUUUUAUUUUUAGUUAGGAAAGGAAGGAAUUUUUAGAUGAAAAAAGAAAGUGAACCGGAGUUAAGUUAGUAAGGGUAAAAAACAGAACCGGUUUAGUAAGAGAGUUAGGCCCGGUUUAGAUUGUACAUUUCCUAACAUGGACCCAAGAUUUGGUGAAGGUAGGUUUUAAAGUUUAGUGUAACGGAUGGAGGAGUCUUUAAUGUACUUUACUUGAUAUAAUUCCCAGAAAAAAAAGAA